AUGCGCCGCGGACGACCACCUUCCAAUUCCUUCCAAGACUCGUCUCCCCUCUCACAGCCGAUGCGCAUGAUCCAAUCUCAGGCCAUGCACGCCCAUCCCACCUUCGUCUUUUCCCCCGGUUGCUGUCUCUCAUCCCAGCGCCGCGGCGGCUCCGCUCGUGGCUCGUCGUCCCCAGGCGAUGGCAACAACAAUGCGUCAAUCCUCUCCAACAAUCGUGCUGCUGCACCUCACGCUGCAGACGACUCGUCACGCGCGAAUAUCAACAACCCAGCCCCGCUCCUGCCGCAGCCGCACUCGACCCAGUCGUUCCUGUCAGCGUCGAUAUCGGACGACAAUUCGCCGCGCCCGUCGCACUCACACAACGACGUGGAUGUCGGGGGAGGAAGCAGCGGGUGGAGGGUAGGGCGGAGGGGCAGCAGAAGCGCCGGCGCCGGCGCAUCACAGCCUGCGACGAGGAAAGAUAGUCGCCCCAAUAAACCGCUGGUCGCGAUCGACCGCGGACGUAGGUGCAAGGGCCCCGUGCUGGAUGGCGGGCUGUCGGCUUCGCCGUCGCCGCACGUUGGGAGCCAUCGGAAAGGGAGCGUCAGCGGCGGUCCCGCUGCGGGUGGGCCGGCGCUCACGAGGACGCGUCUCGAGAAAGAGCGGAACGCGUUCUGGGACACGAGAGUCACGGGCCACGCCGAGAUUUGGGGCGCCGUGAGGUUGGCGACGGAUCUGGUGAAGGGUGGAGAUGUGGCGAGCGCUCAAGGGGUGUUGGAUGCGGCGGGUGCGACGUGUCCGACGGGGGAGAUCUGGAGGGGGGUUUUCGAUGAAUGGGGCACCGAGUAUAGAGUCCCGGAGUGGGCGGUUGUGGAGCCUGUGGGAGUGGUGGAGGUAGGUGAAGAGGAAGAAGAGGGUGACGGCACUGAAGACGGAGAGCAAAGCCUUGCAGAAGAGAAGGGGAAGGGUCGCAUGGGAGAGGUUGUUAAAGUCAGAGCACGGCUUAGCGACCGAGGGACGGACGUGGUGGUUGAGGUGGGAAUGGAGGAGAGGGUGAGUGCGGUGAUCGCGAGGAUCGCGGAGGCGGCCAAGUUAGCGGCCACCAGCCGUGUCAGAAUCGCCUACCUGGGCAAAAUUCUUCGCGAGCACGAUAGUCUUGCUGCACAGGGCUACAGCGAGGGCCACGUCCUCAACGCUCUUGUCUUCUGA